GGCCACAACUUAAGCAUAUCAAGCAUAUUUCUGUCACUGCUAUCUCUCAAGCUUACGAGUAAUGAUAUUAACGAAGCCAAACUGGUUCAUCUCAGCCCCCAUAUGUUAUUUGAACAAAGAACAAGAUGGAGACUUGGCAUUACAGAUGAAGAUCAAUGCAUGUUACUCUUGGAUUUUCCAAUGUUUGCCUCAACUGAAGAAACUUUUUCUCCUCAACAUAAGAAAGAAAGAAAGAAGAAGCAGCAAGAAUGUAUGGGGAUUGCCAAGUAAUGUCUACAAUGGGAGGCAACGUAGUUGUAAACUCAUCCGAAACACUUUUCUCUUCUCCGAUCCAAAACAACAGCUUCACCUUCAUGCCUACCAUGCAUUUUCAUCACUAUUUUCCCACCAUGAAGGAAGAAGACGGGAUCUUGCGAGGGAAAGAAGAGAUCAUGGAGAGCGGUUUAGGGAGUGAACAAGUUGAACAAUUAUGUAUGAUCUAAGGGAAGGAAGUUUAAGAGGGCUAGAAGAAGGAGGAACAGCAAAGGACUUAGGAUUUAAGUUGUAUUGUUUUUGUAUUUUUCUUUAGUUUUUAGUUUUGGAAUUUGAACUC